AUGGAUUCGCACACGGGUCUCGCAGAAGUCUUGAGAACUCUGCAACAUAUCGUGUCUUCACCUGACCUCGCCGUCUCUCGACACCUGGUUCCCUCGGAUGGGAAUGGGCCGACAGACAGGUUUCCAGUUUUGCCUCGAAACAUCCCGACGCUACCACUUCCCAAACUCAGUCAAACACUCGCGUCUUCAUCCUCUGGCGAUCAGCAGCGACGAGCGGAUGAUGACGACACGCUCGAGAGGCUAACAAAGCACCUCACGACCACCAUCCUUCCGUACCUCAAUCUCUCUUCGCUCUCCCCAAACUACUACGGCUUUGUGACUGGCGGCGCCACCCCGGCGGCCCUACUAGGCGACUUCCUCAGCUCCAUCUACGACCAAAAUGUCCAAGUUCACUUACCGCGAGAGACCGUCGCGACAACCCUGGAAGUCGCGACCUUGAAUCUGCUCCUACAACUGUUUCGGCUGCCGGAGGCUGAGUGGGGGAUUGGCAGACGCGGCUCGGGGGGCGGGGGAACGUUCACCACAGGCGCGACGGCGAGCAAUGUCCUCGGCCUGGCGUUGGGGAGGGAAUUCGUGCUUCGAAAGGCCCUGCAAAGGCGAGGAGGCUUCUCGGAGGCUGAUUGGAGCUGUGGCGAGCAUGGCAUCCCGGAACUCAUGUAUCAAGCCGGUCUGCGAAAGAUCCAAGUGCUCAGCACGUUGCCUCAUUCGAGCAUCGCCAAAGCCGCGAGCAUCGUUGGAAUAGGAAGGACGAAUGUCAUUUCCAUUUCCACCUCGCAGGCCGACCCACUGCAGAUCGACCUCGCCCGCCUGAGAGAGGAGGCGGCAAAACCGGGCGUCGUCAACAUCCUCGCCAUCUCGGCGGGAGAAGUCAACACGGGCCGCUUCGCCACGGAUUCGCUCGACCAAAUGACCCGCAUCCGCAGCAUAUGUGACGAGUUCGGGGUCUGGAUCCACGUGGACGGCGCCUUCGGGCUCUUUGGCCGUGUCUUCUCCCCGGACGAUCCUGGCCACGAAGAAUUUGGCGCGGUAAUACGUGGAGUCGACGGCAUCGAGCUCGCCGACUCUAUCACGGGAGACUGUCACAAACUCCUCAACGUCCCUUACGAUUGCGGCGUCUUCUUUACCCGCCACAAGACUCUCUGUGAAGACGUCUUCCGGAACGGCAACGCGGCGUAUCUUACCGGCGCCGCCACCACCAAUACCACCGCCGCCGCCAUUACGUCCUCAACGAGCAACGGCAAUGGGGUUGGGGAUGUCUACGACGCGAUCCAAAGUCCAUUGAAUAUCGGCAUUGAGAACUCGCGCAGAUUCCGCGCGUUGCCCGCCUACGCGACCCUCAUGGCCUACGGGAGGACGGGAUAUUUGGAAAUGUUGAGACGGCAGAUCAGACUGGCGAGGAGGGUGAGCAGCUGGCUCCUCAGAGAGGAAAGGUUCGACCUCUUGCCGGCGCGUAGUGGCGGGGAGACCGAGCAGGAUGCUCUGGCUAAGACGUUCGUUGUGGUCCUGUUCAGAGUUAAGGAUGAGGGACUGAUGAGAGAUUUUGUGACGAGGGUGAAUGAAACUGGGAAGAUCUAUAUGACGGGGACGGUGUGGGACGGGAAGCCCGCAGCAAGGAUUGCGAUAAGUAAUUGGCAGGUGGAUCUGGAGAGAGAUGCCAAGUUGAUUGAAGAGGUCUUGGACCAAGUGGCUGGAACACGACAGUGA